CGAAGCGUUUCACAUAUUUCUUUGAGUUUUUACAGUUUUCGGGGGAUUAGAGUAUUUUUUACACGUCCUAACGGUAUUUCUCACAUGGCACGGUCAUUCAGAAAAAUUUUUCCCUUUGGAGGUGGAGGUGUAAAAUUUUGAUUGUGAAAUCCGGAGUCAUUGAAACCCUCAGCCCCCCGGGGUUUCAAAUAAUUCUGUCGCUCUCCCUCCCACUUUUGUAAAGUGUUUAGAAUCUCAAACUGGCCCAACGGCGGUUAGGCCCCUGCCCCUACCCCGACUGACUUAACAGGUGCACGAGGUGUCCCAGGUUUUUCUCCCAGUCAGUUAUCACCGUCGCCUCAGAUACGACAGUAAUUUUACUUCAUUCUCCAUUUAAUUAUCCCUCUUCGAUUUGUAACCGCGAGAAAAAUGCCGCCAAUCAUUCAAACCGAGUGUCAAACCCGAAAUAAAUUAACGCGUCUAUAAUUAUUGAUCAAUGGGAGGAGUUGAAUUUCUCCAAUUUCUAUAACCAGUACAAGUUUUUGGAAUUGAAGAGGAUAGAUUUUUAGGGGUCUUUACGAUGGUUAUCUUCGGUAGAAAAAAGAAACCAGACGAUCGGCGAUUGCUCGCUAGCACGGAUGAGGUCUGUAACGGAACAAAAGGACACCAACAAGAUAAUGCUGCCUUCAUGCACGUCAGGGAUAACAUCGAGGAGCUUGGCACAGUUGCCGAUGAUACCGAUUUACUAUUCCUCAAGGGAUUAUUGGACAGUCCAGUGGUAACAUCCCUCGUUAAGCUACAAGAGAGACUAGAGGAACCUCCGGCUUUGUUGGAGCCAGUUAAUUAUUCAAUUUGUGAUACAGUUGACGAGGUAGUACACGCCUUUGAAAAUUCACGCAACAGCAACGCACGUCAGCUUAAUCAUCUCCUUAGAAAGUCCCACGUAAAAGCACUUCUCGAGACACACGACGCAGUGGCACUGCGGCGAAGAGAACCAGCAAUUUCACCAGUUGUAUCAGCAAUGCCGAGUGACGAAAGGACGGAGAUGAUCCGAGUGGUUGGCCUCAGGCGUCAGGAGAAUGAACCGCUGGGGCUUACAGUGCAGGUAGACGAAAAUGGCAAUCUGAUAAUCGCAAGGAUACUCGGAGGGAGUACUGUGUCUAAACAGGGUCUCCUGAGACCUGGCGAGGUAAUUAUGGAAGUCAAUGGAAAGCCUGUGCACACGCCUGAUGAAUUACAACAGGCAAUACAGGCGGCCAAAGAAAAUUUGUCGUUGAAAGUUGCACCUGGCAUUGCUAAUGAUGGAAAUAAGCCCAUUAAGUCGACAUGUUAUAUGAGAGCACUUUUCGACUACGAUCCAUCAGAGGAUACCCUCCUCCCUUGUCGAGAAAUAGGCUUGCCUUUUCAAAAGGGUGAUAUUCUACAAAUAGUCGAUCAAGCGGAUCCAAAUUGGUGGCAGGCAAGACGAGUCGAGGGAGAUGGUUUGGGCCCUCCAGGACUUGUACCUUCUCUCGAGCUCGAGGAGCGUCGCAAGGCCUUUGUCCCACCCGAGGCAGAUUUUGUUCACAAGAUCAGUAUCUGCGGGACGAGAAUCUCUCGUAAGAAGAAACGCAAGAUGUACGAAUCCAAGUCCAAUGGGGAAUUCGACAGUGCAGAGUUGUUGUUGUAUGAGGAGGUGGCGAGAAUGCCACCAUUCAGACGUAAAACUCUUGCUCUGGUUGGGCCCAGGGGCGUAGGGAGAAGAACCCUCAAAAAUCGAUUGAUCAAUAGUGAUCCAGAAAAGUUUGGGACCAUCGUACCAUAUACAUCGAGACCUCCCAGGGUCCUCGAGGAGAACGGGAAGAGCUACUGGUUCACAGAUCUCGAGACGAUGGAGGAUGAUAUUAAACAGCAUCGUUAUCUCGAGCACGGAGAACACGGUGGUCAUCUCUAUGGGACGAAACUCGACUCGGUUCGUGAAUUAAUUCGCGCUGGGAAAAUGUGCGUUCUCGAUUGCAGCCCAGCAGCCCUGAAGAUCCUCCACAACAGCACAGAGUUCAUGCCUUAUGUGAUAUUCAUUGCUGCACCUGGAAUGGAGCAGCUCAAGACACUUUAUGAUCUGGGGAGAACUACCGGGGCCAGCAGUCGUAAUUUAACUUUUGAUCGUCAAAGCUCCAUCAGGUACAGCUCGAGACGCGCCAGAACCCUUGAAUCCCUUGCAUCGUUGUACGAGGAGGACGAUCUAAAAUUGACUCUGGAGGAAUCUUCAGCUUUACAACGAGCUUAUGAAAAAUACAUCGACAUGGUCAUCGUUAAUGAAGACUUUGACAAUACUUUUAGGCAAGUUGUGGGUGCUCUGGAUGCACUGGCAACUGAACACCAGUGGGUGCCUGUUAACUGGAUCUAUUAAGUGGAUUUUCGUUAUUUCAAUUAAACAAAUUAUUAUUAGAGCCAAGCUCUUUAAUUUUAGCGAGUUAAUUCAUCGUUUUUGUGUUCACGAGAGAGUUUUGCAUUCUUCGUUUAUUCAAUCAUUUGUCAGUAGCUUUUUUUUUAUUUAGCCAAUGAUAAUAGAAAAUUUCAGAGCAAGACAUUAGCUCAGAGUCAUCACGUAAAUUUUUUUUUUAUUCCAACGAAGAGGCAAAGCCAUCUGUAAUGGAUAAAUUUUAUUGACUAACGGGAGAAAAGGAGCCAAAAGCCGUCCAUUUACUUUUAAGAAAUGAAACUAUUUUGUUUUAUUCUAUUAUUUUAUACAAUACGCAUUGGGGAAUAAAUCGCCUGUAUGUGUCGUUUUUUUAGUUGCAAGUA